AUGGCACAGCUACCAGCACCGACCCUCGCGCUUUCGGCCUUCACUGUCGGGGCGAUCUCAGCAUGGGGCACCGCUUUCGUGUACAAACGUUACUUCCGCCGGAUACCAAACGCCGACUGGAUUACACCGGACGUAUUCAAACGCAGACGAUGGAUCAAGGGUCGGGUUGUAAGCGUAGGCGACGCGGACAACUUCCGCGUGUACCACAUGCCGGGAUUUGGCUGGCGUUGGCCGUUUAAAUUGAGGGGCGUUCCUACUACGCAGAAAGCCCUCAAGGAUAACACGAUCCACAUUCGCAUGGCCGGCGUCGAUGCACCCGAAGGCGGACACUUUGGCAAACCCACUCAGGAGAACUACGCUGUAAGCCUUGAUUGGCUGAAACGCCAGGUCGCGGGGCGCAUGGUUUACUGCAUGCUCUACCGUCGGGAUCAGUACUCGCGUGUAGUUGCAAUGCCGUACCUUAAACCAUGGUUUUUGCCGGGCUUUAUGGCCAAGGGCAAGUGCAUUCCCAUCGAGAUGCUUCGCGCUGGCUGGGCCGUCACCUACAAGCAGAGUGGCGCCGAGUACGGACCAUAUAGCGAGGCCGAGUUCGACGCAUAUGCGGAGGAAGCUAGAAAAAACAAGCGAGGAAUUUGGAAAGGCGGAGGACCAAAGGAAACCCCCGCGGAAUAUAAGAAACGAUACGCCAGCGGAGCCACGCUCGAGAACGACGAGACAGUUCCGGAUGACACGCCCAAGAUCGGUGCCACGGGCACGAAACCAAAGAAGAGGCGGCGUCGGCUGCGAGAGUUGUCGAGUAAGCUGCUAGGACGUUAA